CGAUGAGGUUUUACCUACUUACGGUCCAAAUUUACUUGAGUAUAUGGAAAAAUUAUAUAAUGCAUUAAAAAUUUUUGAUCCAGAGCAAUUACCAAAAUUAGAUAGUGAAUUAUCUAAUUAUGGUAAUGAAGAAAUUAAAUUUCUUAGUGAUUUUUAUGAAACAGAAAAAAUA